CUCCGUGCCCCUCCCACACGUAUUUCGCCACUAUCCCGACAGGCCCAGCGGCCUGGAGAGUCACGUGAGGGUGGGCGGUGGAGGUGGAGGUUUUUCUCCGCUGGUUUUUCAUCUCUAUGAUUGUCAGAGGCGGGCUGCUUUGACCCGAGAGCGUUGGUAACCCUGCUGCGGACAGGAUGUUUCGUCUUAACUCCCUUUCUGCAUUGGCAGAACUGGCUCUCGGCUCUCGAUGUUACCAUGGGGGAUCACAGCCCACCCAGAUGAGGCGACGACUCAUGAUGGUGGCUUUCCUGGGAGCAUCUGCAGUCACUGCAAGUACUGGUCUCCUGUGGAAGAGGGCCCUUGCAGAAUCUACACCAUCCGUUAACAACCUGAAGAGUGAAGUCGGUGAUAAAGGGAAGAAUAAGGAUGAAGGAGAAGUUGGUAACAAUGAAAAAAAAAAAGCUGCAGAUGUUUGUCUUGAGUCUCAUCCAGAAGAGAAAAAGAAGAAACGUUCUGGAUUCAGAGACAGAAAAGUGAUGGAAUAUGAGAAUAGGAUUAGAGCAUAUUCUACACCAGACAAAAUAUUCCGAUAUUUUGCCACCUUGAAAGUAAUCAAUGAACCUGGUGAAUCUGAAGUGUUCAUGACUCCACAAGAUUUUGUGCGAUCCAUAACACCAAAUGAAAAACAACCAGAACAUUUGGGUCUUGAUCAAUAUACAAUAAAACGCUUUGAUGGAAAGGAUUUCUGGCAGACAGAGAAAAUUGCCCAGGAACGAGAAAAAUUUGCUGAUGAAGGCAGUAUAUUUUACACGCUUGGAGAAUGUGGACUCAUAUCUUUUUCGGACUACAUUUUCCUCACAACUGUUCUUUCCACUCCUCAGAGAAAUUUUGAAAUCGCCUUCAAGAUGUUUGACUUGAAUGGAGAUGGAGAAGUAGAUAUGGAGGAAUUUGAACAGGUUCAGAGCAUCAUCCGCUCCCAAACCAGUAUGGGUAUGCGUCACAGAGAUCGUCCUACUACUGGUAACACCCUCAAGUCUGGCUUGUGUUCAGCCCUUACGACCUACUUCUUUGGAGCUGAUCUUAAGGGGAAGCUGACGAUCAAAAACUUCCUUGAAUUUCAGCGUAAACUUCAGCACGAUGUUCUGAAACUAGAGUUCGAACGCCAUGACCCUGUGGAUGGGAAAAUUACUGAGAGGCAGUUUGGUGGCAUGCUGCUGGCCUACAGUGGGGUGCAGUCCAAGAAGCUGACCGCCAUGCAGAAGCAGCUCAAGAAGCAUUUCAAAGAAGGAAAGGGUCUGACAUUUCAGGAAGUGGAGAACUUCUUUACUUUCCUAAAGAACAUUAAUGAUGUGGACACUGCACUAAGCUUUUACCAUAUGGCUGGGGCAUCUCUUGAUAAAGUGACCAUGCAGCAGGUGGCCAGGACCGUGGCCAAAGUGGAACUCUCGGACCACGUGUGUGAUGUGGUGUUCGCGCUCUUCGACUGCGACGGCAAUGGGGAGCUGAGCAAUAAGGAAUUUGUUUCCAUCAUGAAGCAGCGGCUGAUGAGAGGCCUCGAGAAGCCCAAAGACAUGGGCUUCACCCGCCUCAUGCAGGCCAUGUGGAAAUGUGCACAGGAAACUGCCUGGGACUUCGCUUUGCCUAAACAGUAACGCAAAACUGCAGGAGGGACCUCCUCCUCCACCCAGAGCUCCCUGACCCCUGAGACAGAGCCUUGGCACAACCCUUCCGGCUGCUGCUUCUGGAAGUAGUGCUCCCUUCCUCUUGGGAAUGAUCUCAGGAUUCAGCCAGUCUCCCCUCUCCCCCCUUCCCCUGGCUCGGCAUUUCUUCUAGGCUCUGCUUCUGCCCAGUGAUCAUCCCCACAGGUUCUCAGAAACAUGAACAAGUCCUAAAAAGUCAGACUUCUGGCACCUUCCUCAGCACUAUGCCUUCAAGCACCCUAUGGAUAAAGAAUGCAGGGAACCAUCCACAUACCUGCCAACCCUGGCGACCGCUCAGUUCUUCAGUCCUUUUUGCUGUGGAUUUACAUCGGGAGCAUUCCUUGCUUUUCCUCCCGCUGGUGAUUUUAAGCCACAAGUUGGGCAGAUGUCUGAAGGGCAGAAGGAAGACUGUGAUGAAGAGUCAUGGGGAGGGGUCGGGUGGCCUGAGCUGGCGGGAAGCCUGGGCCAGGGAAACAAUUCAUGUCGGUCCCCAGGGUGGCUUCGAGGCCUGCUCCGGGCAGGUGAUACGCGCAGCGGGAAUGGAGCAAGGUUUGGAAUUUCGAGCAGCUGCUUCACGGCUCUGAGGCUCCCUGAGAGGACUCCGCCAGCACUCAGUGCCUGACAAGCAGCAGUGAUUGAGUCCGUGUUCCCCGCAAGUGCCAUUUCCCUCCAGGAGUCUGUCUCUGAAGCCGAGGCCUGGCUCACAGCCGGUCUGCCCGCUGUCUUAAACACUUGUAAAAUAUCACUUUAAUUAUAAUAGUUUGCAGUAAACUCCCCGCCAACCCGCCAAAGGCUCUUACGUCUUUUAUUUUAGGAUCCUCUGGGGUACUUCUCUUUUCAUUUCUCCACUGGGUUUGAGAUCCUGCUAGCAGCAGACGUGUUUUCUUUCUACCAGUGUCUGGUUCUUUCUAUUGAAGGGCAACUGUAGACACAAAAGGUGAGGGUGUUAGGAGGUUAGCGGUGGCGCUGUCCCCACACAGUCUGGGUGGCAUUUCAUCUUGGACCAGGUGCACGUGCCUUGAUAACUCAGACCCCACGAUUAGGAACAAAGGUGGGGCGGGAGAGUAUAUGAGAAUCCCCCGGUGUGGUGGACCUCCAUGUAGGAGGCCCAGCACCCAGUGUGUUAUAUGGACUCCACUCUCACGAACGCCGGUGGCCUUGAACAAGCAAGCAAUUUCCCAUCUGUUUCCUAACUCUAAAAUGCCAGGGUUGAGCUUUAACGGGCUCUCAGAUUUCCUCCAGGUCCAAAAGCCUCUCGUCCACUUCUCCUCCAGAAUGUCUGCAGCCUCCAGAGCCUCCCGGUGAUGCUCCCUGGCUUGAGAGCAUCUCCAGUCCAGUGUAAUAACCUCCACACCGAAACUCCAGUGCUUCCUGUGAGGCCUGCAAGUUGGCAGGGAGGGUUUAUCUGCCAAAUAAAGUAGAGGCCUGGGUCUGUGCCCCUGUGACAGUAUCAACCCCAGCAUUUUCUCCAGAGCAAGCUAAUAGCCUCGUUUCCAACCUCCUUUCUGGGAGCAGAUUCAAUUCUCUCUCAAAGGAGUUUGCCACUCACCCACCUCAUCUACCCUCCGCUCUUUCUCUCCGUUCUUGGGAUUGGAAUUCCCGGCACCCAAGUGUAGCCUUUGCCUUGCUCAUUGCUCCGGAGCUGAGGCAUCAGCGAAAUGUGAGCUUGUCUUAAAUUGGUCCCAGGAUCUCCAAAUCACUGUUCUCCACAAUCCUGGUUUCUCCAGCCUGAAAGAGAAAUCCCAUUCACAGCCUUCAUGGGGCCGUCGUUUCCCUGCAAGAAGAGAUCUGCUGAUUGGCCUGGGUUCACUGAAGCUGAAAGGCAGAGCACGGCAGGGGAGGGUAAAGAUCUUCCCUACAUCUUGAAACCCAGCGUCAAGGGCCCUCACCCAUCACAGGUACACGGAAUUCCAACUGAGCUCCUUUAGCCACCAGGAGUGGCAGAGGCAGCACCGGGGGUCCAGGUGCUCAAGAAGACAGGAUGGCCAUACUUUGGCACAAUUGGGUUAAAGGUGCAGGUGAGAGGUGCCAGCUAAGUCACCCAGAGGAGGCCAGGGUCCCCCAAAGGAGUCCUUGAGCAAGGCGGCAUGGGAGCGGGCUGAGAGGGUUCUACGAGGCAGCAUCUGGGAUAAGCUGGGAGCACCGGGGAACACAAAAGGCUGAUAACGUGCUUCUCUGUUCAUUCAGAUUGUUGCUCUGCCUGCAUAGAAUAAUCUCCCCCCUCUUCCUUCAAGCCUCCACUCCAGCUGCCCCCUGCUUGAGAGGCCCACCUGGGCCAUCUUCCUGACAAGACGAGUCACCCCUCCUCUGCCUCCCAAGGCUCACGCCCCCCCCCAAACAACACUGCUGUAAUCGAUGUAAUGUUUGUGAGACCAUCACCCCCAAAGUUCAGACCCAGAGCAGUGACAUGGUCAAAGAAACGGUCCACCACCAAAAGCUGAUGUUAUAAUAACUCUUGGACAAUGUAAAAGCAGUAUUAGCAAUGCCUCCGUAAAUUGCUCCCACCUACCCACAGCCGUUCUCUGUUUGCUGCUGUUUUUCGUUUCUUUAAAAAACAAAGAACAAAACACGAAGAAUUGUCCAGCUCUAGCCCUUUAGACUUCAGGGAGGGAAAGAAACUGAGUGGGGGACCCAGGCUGCUGCGCUUCCUUGCGGGCCUGGGCUCAGCGUCAUCCACAAGCACGAGCAGAGAGAAUACGGAGAGAGAAUUACUAAGGCAAAUGGGCUUAAGGACAUGUGUACUCUUCAAAAAUUAUCAUAUUAAUAGCUUUUAGUGCCUCACCUAAUUUUAGCUCUGUCUGAAGCAUAUGCACUUGAAAUGAAUUGGAGGCUAAGGAGGGAGAAGUCCAGACCAUGGCUGCUACCAGUUAGGAAAGAAGGGACAGCAGCCUGGGAGCCAGCAGCCAGGUCCCCCAGCUGGAGCAUCCUCUCCAAGCGUUAGCG